GCUUUCAACAACGCGGAUUUGAAGGAUCAGUUCGAGCUGAAGGAGAUCUUAGAUCCGCCGGCCCCCGCCGAGAUGUACACCCGCUUCAAGGUGGAGGACAUCUCCAGCUUUCCAGCUUCUGAGCAGGAGCGAAUCCGGGAGGCCUUCUAUCGCUUCAAGAGUAUUGGUAGUUCGGACAUUGAUGUCGAUGACCUUGAAAAGACAUUGAUUCAUCUGGGUUACCUCAAAAUUGAUGCCCAGGUCAUCAUGGAAAUCACCCAGAAGCUGACAAAGUUUGCUACCCUCGACUACGAGGAGUACCUCCGCUUCGUGGGACAGUAUACAUCCUUUGAGCGGGCCGAGGUUCAGCGAGUUUUCCGAGAGUUUGACGAAGAUGGAUCGGGGUCUUUGGAUACAGAAGAGAUCGAGGGUGUCAUGCGCUCCUUCAGCAUCACGCCCUUCAAAGCCACGGUGGAAGCUGCCAUCGCUGUUGUCGACGAGGACCACACUGGCACAGUUGAAUUCCACGAGUUCGUCCAUCUGCUGACGGUCUACAAGAAGACAGAGGGCUUCUCACAAGCAGAGGUCAAAGAUCUUUAUGCCGUCUUCUACAAAUUCGCCGUCCCCGUCUCGGACUCCAAGCUCCGCGAGGUGCCGGAAUCCGAGAUGCGGAACGCCCUGAUGAACUUGUUUGGCCCCCAGACGCUUAGCGUGGGAGUGAAGCUGGUGAACGAGGUCUUGGUGAAGAUACAAAAGAAGAAAGAAGAAAAGGCAGCCAAGCGAGCUCUGUCUCGUCAGCAGGGAGGUCCAGAGCAGGGGAUGAAGUUCCGUGAGUUCUUGGUGUGGGCGAGAUGUCUCAGAGAGGCUGAGAUCACCGCGUACAGACGCAAGUUCGACAAGGUAGACUAUACAAAGUCAGGCCUCCUGAUGCAGGACAACCUGAAAGAGGCUCUUCAUCACAUUGGCUACACUGCCCUGCGGCCAGAGGUAGAGGACCUCCUGGAGCGCCGAAAGGUGUCCAAGGACGACAUGAUCGAUUUCGAAUGCUUCGUCAAUCUGGUUCAAGAUUUCUGCCGCACAGAUGGGUUCAGCCGGCGCGAUGUCGACGAGUUUUUUGAGGUGUUCCGUGCUUUCGACGCCGAAGGCUCGGGCGAAGUUGGCGUCUUGGAGGUCGCCUCCAUGCUGCGCUGGCUGGGCUUCAGCAUAGAGUUGGACGUGGCCAACAGCUACUUCCAGUCCGUGAACUUGGAUGGUGCAGACCGGAUGGGCUUUGCGGAGUUUCUACGUCUGAUGCGGUUGCACCGCGAUGAUUGCCUCGGCCACAUGCAGGAGGUCUUCGACCGCAACUGCGAGCAGGAACUGGUGCUGAAGCAGGACUGUUUGAAGCAGGUGCUAACGCAAAUGGAUCGGCGCGUCAGCGUCAACGUGAUAAGCCAAUGCUUGCAAGGCGUCAGGGACGCGCGUUACAUCGAUUUCGAUGACUUCGUGCAGGUGACUGACAAUAUGCGGCGGCAUAUCCUGAACCAGAUGCGGAAGCAGGCGGGCUUCACGGAUGACGAGGUGCGAACCUUCCAGCAGGCCUUCGAGAAGUAUGAUACCGAUGGAAAUCGGAAGCUGACGCGGGACGAAAUGCCACCUCUUCUGGCCGAUUUGAAGAUUGAUCUUCGCACAGUGGACGAUCAGAGGCACUUCGUUCGCGUGCUCGAAGAAGCUCGCCUUUCCGCCCGCCGAGGAGGCGCAAGUGAGGACGAGGUGGGGAUUCCUGGUGCUCCUGGCAUUACCUUCUGGAAUUUCGUACACUUCCUGCGAGUCCUCCAGACAGAAGAAGACAUCAAGACAGUACAAAGCCAGGCGGUGUCGCACCUCUUUUCUGAGAAAGAGCAGGAUGAGCUUCGUGCUGUCUUCAAUACGUGGUGCACGCUUUCCGCCGAUGCUCAGAACGCAGAGGCGGACUCGGACAUCGAGGGCAUUGCUGAACCCAGCUUGGAGAGGAACUCGUCGGAAGUGGUUGUGGCGUCGGGGCUGAAGCUCCCCUUCAAGCGUUUGUGGAAGCUCUUGCGUGAGCUCGGCGUGCCCCUGACGCCAACUCAUGUGAAGCUGCUUAAGGCCAGAGCAGCACUUGAUGCAGAAAACGCUUUGCCUGUUGAGCAGCGCGGAAGCUACAUCGAUUCCAGCGGGUUUUUGCGGCUUCUGUCCUGGAUGCUGGACGCCGACUUCGCCGGCAUCCGAGAAAGAUCUGAAGAACUAGCAGAGAACCCAUAUCCUGAAGAAGGGUGA